AUGGCUCCCGGGCCCAGUCUUGACGAUGUUGAUGAUGUCACGUUACAGGACCUUGCCACUCCGCUGAUAUCUUCGACCUCUGAACACCGGCCCCUCUUGAUACCUUUCAAUCCAAAAGAUAUCCCCUGCUACGUCAAGCCGCUCCCGCCUAACCUGGGACCCGUUGAGUUGGCUUAUUUAAAAGAAAGAGGGGGGUUUAGCAUCCCCGAAGACAGCUUUCGCGAUGGGCUGAUUCAGGUUUACAUUGAGUACGUGUAUCCGCAUUUGCCGUGCUUAGACCUGAACGCCUUGGUGACAGGGAUCGACAACACAACGGGCAGUAUCAGCUUGAUUGUCCUGCAUGCUGUCAUGUUCGCUGGUCUGGCAUUCGUUGGCAUGUGUCACAUCUCCUCGGCGGGGUUUUCGACGCGCAAAGCGACCCAAACCCGUUUCUUCGAGAAGGUCCGUCUUCUAUAUGAAUUCGACUGCGAGCCGGACCGCGUUGCUCUCGUCCAGGCACUGUUGCUCAUGACGCUUCACUCACAUCCUCUGCAUGAACAAAAGGACAUGUGGUACUGGACGGGCAGAGCCAUUUCCGAGGCGUACAGCUGUGGCCUGCACCGCGCAGCCAACCCGUCAGACAUGACGGCGCAAGAGGCUGCGCUGCGCAAGAAGCUCUGGUGGUGCGUAUUUGUGCGGGAUCGGCUGGUCGCACUCGGCAUGCGGAGAGGAAUGCAGGUCACGGUCGCGUACGAUGCCCCAAUGCUGACCCGGGACGACUUUGACUCCUUUUUGCUCUCGCUUGGCCUCGCUGACGGGAGUUUCGCAAGAGACAUGGAGAAGCAGAGGCGACUCAGUACCAUCUUCAUCGCGACAGCUAAGUUGUGUAUCGCAUAG